AUGUCGGAGACCUACGACUUCCUGUUCAAGUUCCUGGUGAUCGGCAGCGCCGGCGCCGGCAAGUCCUGCCUGCUGCACCAGUUCAUCGAGAGCAAAUUCAAGCAGGACUCCAACCACACCAUCGGGGUGGAAUUCGGGUCGAAGGUGGUGACCGUCGGCGGCAAAACGGUGAAGCUGCAGAUCUGGGACACGGCUGGGCAGGAGCGAUUCAGGUCUGUUACUAGAAGCUACUACAGGGGUGCAGCUGGGGCACUUUUAGUGUAUGACAUCACGAGCAGAGAGACCUACAAUGCCUUGACCAAUUGGCUAACAGAUGCCCGGACUCUGGCCAGCCUCAAUAUUGUAAUUAUUCUGUGUGGCAACAAGAAGGAUUUGGAUGCUGACCGGGAAGUCACUUUUUUGGAAGCUUCUCGUUUUGCUCAGGAGAAUGAGCUGAUGUUUCUCGAGACCAGUGCCUUGACUGGAGAGAAUGUAGAAGAAGCUUUUCUGAAAUGUGCACGGACCAUACUGAAUAAAAUAGAAUCAGGUGAGCUCGACCCGGAGAGGAUGGGCUCAGGUGUCCAGUACGGGGAUGCGUCUUUGCGGCAGCUGCGGCAGCCCCGGAGCAGCCAGGCACAGACGCGGCAGCAGUGCACCUGCUAG